UAGCAUGCUAACGUUAGCCUGCUAGCGUGCUAAAUUUUUGCGCUAGUUUUGCAACCGUUGACCCCAGAGUCAUGCAACUUAGCACGUGCCACUUGUAAACUGUUAGCAUGCUAACAUUAAAGUGCUAAUGCUAGCCUUUUUGCUACUUUCUGUGUCUACACCAACAAAUACUGCAUUUUUGGUAUUUGUUCUUACCCGGUCAUGUGCUAGCUUCUUAACGUUAGCGUGCUAGUAUGCUAACAUUAGCAUGGCUACGUUUCCAGCCAAUAUUACACUUUUCGGUGUAAUUCCGCAGCCACACAGCUUAGAGUCAUAAAACUUUGUAUUUUGAAACAUGCUAACUGUAUGCAUGUUUACGAUAGCAUACUAGCAUGCUAAUAUGAACAUGCUACCUUUUUAGCUAAUUCUACGUUUUUUUUUCUCUCUAAUUAGACCGCCAUGCACCUUACAGUCAUAUAACUUGACGUCCGUGAGGAACAUCUUCUCCCCGAGCAGGAGGGGUGGAGCUUCAGGAUGGCGAAGGAGGAGCCACACACCUCCCACUUUAAAGAGGAAGAGGAGGAGCACAGCAUCAGUCAGGUGGGAGAGCAUCUUGAAUGGUUGGAGGAGUUCCCAGUGACUGUGAAGAGUGAAGAUGAGGAGGUCAAAGGUGAGAGAGAGGCGGAGCCUCCGACAGAAGGUGAUGGAGACCACUGUGGAGGACCACCAGCAGACAAGAUCUUAGCUCCACUAUCAGAUAGUGACGAGACGACGUCUCACUCUGCUGACACUGAUGAUGAAGACUCUAAAGAUAAAACACACUUGACAUGUUCUCACUGUGACAAAACCUUUAAAUACCCCAGUAAACUGAUAAGUCACAUGAGAACGCACACCGGAGAAAAACCCUUUUCCUGCUCGGUUUGUGGUAAAGGAUGCACACAAAAAAACCAUUUGAAAGCCCACAUGCAAACACACACCGGAGUAAAACCUUUCUCAUGUUCAGUCUGCGGUAAAGGAUUUGCACGUAAAUACGUGUUAAAGCACCACAUGGAGUCGCACCCCGCCGUGGAAAAAACCUUUCCCUGUUCAAUCUGCGGUAAAGUCUUUUUACACACCAACUAUUUAACAAAACACAGGAGAACGCACACCGGAGAAAAACCUUUUCCUUGCUCGAUAUGUGGUAAAGGUUUCGGAACCAGUCAGUUUGUGAAAGCACACAUGAGAAUACACACCGGAGAAAAACCCUUUUCCUGCUCAGUCUGUAGGAAAGGUUUCACACAAAGACAGCAUGUGAAACAACACAAGAGAACGCACACGGGUGAAAAACCUCAUGUCUGUUCGGUCUGUGGGAAAGCUUUUGCACGUCGUCACCAUUUGAUAACACACAUGAGGACACACACCGGUGAGAAAGUGUUGAGUUGUGGUGUGUGUGGUGAAAGAUUCUCUUCUAAGUACCAGUGUAAGAAACACAAGUGUGCUGCUCAGGACAGCAAAUGAUUUGCAUUUCUAACUGUAAAUGAUUCCUUUACAUGAUGUACAUAUUUGUUUUGUACCUUUGCUUUUGAGUACAUAUAAAUCCCUCUUAGUUGGUUCACAUGUGAAACAUCUUCUGGAAGCAUAUUAUUAUUGACUUUAUACAUCAUUUGAGCAGUUGUGUUUUAUACAAGAUCAUUUACUUUUAAAAUGUGUCAUUUGUUGGCUCCCAAUAAUCCAUUCUAUUAAUGAUCUUUAUUGCUAUCUUUUGUGAUAUGAAUAUUGUUUUUUAUGCAUGUCCCCACACCUUUAUGCAACUA